AUGUUCGCCCUUCGUUCCGGUGCCACCGCCGUCAAGGCUUCGACUAGAUCGUAUGCCACUCUCCGUGAGAUUGAGACUCGUCUCAAGUCUAUCAAGAACAUUGAGAAGAUCACCAACACCAUGAAGAUUGUCGCCUCUACCAGACUUGGUAAGGCCCAGCGUGCCAUGGCCGUCUCUCGUAUCUAUGGUGGUGCCACCAAGCAGGUCUUUGACGCUGCCGAGACCACCGAGCUCGCCUCCGCUGAGUCCCCCAAGAAGCUCAUCAUUGCCAUCACCUCCGACAAGGGUCUUUGCGGUUCCAUCCACUCCCAGCUCGGCCGUGCUGCUCGCAACUUGAUUGCUGAGAACCCUAACGCCGAUGUCGUUGCUGUCGGUGACAAGGUCAAGGCCCAGAUUGCCCGUGCUUACCCUGACAACCUCGUCCUUUCCUUUGCCUCCAUUGGCAAGGAAGCCCCCACCUUCAAUGAGGCUGCUGCCAUUGCCGACUCCAUUGUCUCUCUCGGCAAGGAGUACGACUCUUACGAGAUUCUUUACAACAAGUUCACCUCUGGUGUUUCUUUCGAGCCCGCUUCUCUCCCUGUCUUCUCCUCUGCUGCCAUUGAGGCUUCCCCCAAGUUCUCUACUUUCGAGAUUGAGGAGGACAUUGUCAAGAACCUUUCCCAGUACGCUCUUGCUAACUUCAUUCUCUGGGGUCUUGCUGAGGGCCACGCCGCUGAGAUUUCUGCCCGUAGAAACGCCAUGGACAAUGCUUCCAAGAACGCCUCCGAUAUGAUUGGCAGGUACUCCAUUCUCUACAACCGUACCCGCCAGGCCGUCAUUACCAACGAGUUGGUCGAUAUCAUUACUGGUGCUUCUUCCCUCGAGUAA